AUGAUGUUGCUUAAAGCAUUUUUAUUAAGUGCAUUUCUGCACUCAAUAGCCUAUGCGGCAGCUAUACCUUCUCAUGACAAGUCCAAUGCUCAGCAACUCGCAGAUCCAAAUUAUGGUCCAAUACCUGGGCAAAGUCCAAUGUACAGCUCGUAUAGGGGCAAGGCUCCUCCGUUUCCAGGCAAUAUAACGGCUCCUAUCGCACCUACUGCUAAAGGUCCUGCUGGAAUCGAUGACCUCGUUUGGCAAAAUUUGCUCUCCGCUGAGUGGAUUAUCUUUUCAUUCUACCAGCAUGCGGUAGAGAUGUUUAACACUACCGCCUUUGUGGAGGCAGGAUACCCAAACACGACGUAUGAUCGCAUCCAAGAGAUCCGCGACAAUGAAGCUGGUCAUUUGCGCAUAUUCCAGAACGAAAUCACGCCUACUUCUGUUAAGCCUGGAGCUUGCAAAUAUGCGUUCCCUUUUGAUAGCCCGGCGUCCUUUCUAGCGCUCGCAACGUUAAUUGAGAUUUCGAGCAUGACUUUCUUGACGGGACUUGUGGAAAUGGCUAAGCUGCCUGCGUCCCAGGGUGCUAUGGUGGCUAUUGCUACUACAGAGACGCGGCACGAGACAUGGGCUCUUCUCGACAUUUGGAAGACAAACCCUUUUGGGGGCCCAGCUGAUACUGUUUUUCCUUUUGCCAACGAGAUUCUCGACCUGACCAAUGCGUUUAUUGUUCCUAGGAGCUGCCCUUUGGAGAACCCGGUUUAUCCAUCACCAAGACAGAACUUGCCUCCUUUUUCCCCAGCAAGUUCGACGAAGUCGAUAUACCCUGGGAGUAACAUUGUCCUGAACUUUACCGAUCCCACCAAUCAACCUAGCUUCCGCGAGGGCGUAAAAUACUAUGCAACCUUUUUCCAUGGUCCUUCCAAUAUUAGUGUGCCAAUCGACACAACGAACUGGCCUCGCAAAGAUAUUGAGGUUACGAUUCCCUCUCAAUUUGAAGCACGAGGCAUCAUUAUUGUGGUAGUGUCUGAUACCAUUGGUGCACCAACAUUGAAGACUGUUAAGGCUGGACCCGUUGUGCUAUUAGAACAACCGGCUGAGCUUGGAUUAACGGUACUAUAG